AGCGCGCAUGCAACCGGGACGGUUGCUCUUGACAGCUGAUGGGGAAAAACAACUGAAAAUCCUCGUGAAAACCGCUCUUCCUGUGAAAACCAUUCACUUCAAGGAUGGAGGACGAGCAAGUGCACACUGAACUCGUGGACACGAUAGUGCGCGAGGUGAAAUCGCAGGGACUCUUUGAUCAGUUCCGCAAGGAGUGUCAAGCUGAUGUGGACACCAAGCCAGCGUACCAGAACCUCCGACAGCGCGUGGACACGUCGGUCACGACGUUCCUGGAGCAGCAGGAGUGGCGCCCAGACGCCAAUCGCAUUCAGCUACGAGAGAAGCUGCGGAAGAACAUCAUCGGGUUGAGCUUCCUGGAGACCGGCGUGGACAGGAUCGUGGACCAGGUGGUUAACCCGAAGAUAUCCACAGUCUUCCUGCCGCAGAUUGAGGACGUGGUGUACAAGUACUUGGGCAUAGAGAAGCCGCAGCCGAAGCCGAACAACAUGGAGAACGGAGAGCUGAAGGUUGACUUGAUGCCCACGGAUUUGCUGGAGGCAGUAAGUCCGGACUCCAGCAAGUCUGACAAGUCCAGCCUGUUGGCCGCUGAUGACGUGAAGGAGGAGAUAACUGAGGAAGAAAUCGUGCCGGAAUUGAAUGAAUCCAAUGACAGAAUUGACGAUGAAGAGUCGCCGCCUUUCGAGCCUCUGGAAGGACACCCGUCGAGUCCGCUCAAGAAGGAGGAGAAAGAGGAUAGUCAGGACACGAAUGUGUCAGGAAUCAGUGGCUUAACAUCCCAGGAUUCAGUCGAUUCAGAGGCGAUGGAAGUAGACGAAGUGAAGACAGAAGCCGAGGAACCCGAGGAAGUUAUGCAGCCUCCGCGCAUUGAUCAGAUGGUGGAGAAAUCAGAAGUACCUGAACGAACAGUCUCAGAGGUCGUGGAGGCCAUGGAUGUGGGUAAUCAGGAUUCGCAGCUUUCUCAAGUGUCCAGCAACAGUCGCCUGUCCAUUGUCACGAAUGAGAGCGACUCCAAGGACGGCAGCCUGAAGAUUGACCUUUCUGAGGAAGCGCAAAUGCCUGAAUUCAGUGAGAAUCAUGAUAAUUCUCAGUCUCCUGUUGAGAAACUGACGACAUUUGACAUCAAGAAGGAUGAAAUAAAAUUCCAGCAAGCCAGGAUUUUCGUCCAACCGCCAGAGCCUGAAGAUCCACCACCAUUGCCUCCUUCGCCGCCUCCGGAAGUUAAGCCCCAACUCCCGGCGCCCCCGGAAAGCAGGCCCGAGAAGAAGAUAGAUGCCGAAGUGUCUUCCUCUCAGGAGGCCAAGGAAAAGCACCACAGUUCGGAGAAGAAGAAGCCCAAGAAGAGCUCAAGAUCAUCGCAACACAAGGACAAGGCUCGAGAGAAGAGUCGCUCUUCAUCUUCUCGGGAGAAAAACGCGAAGCCCCAGGAAGACGAUUCCUCAACGGCUCUGGACAGUGAUGCCAGUCCUGUUCUUCAAAUCGUCGAGACGGACACGAUGGAUAAUGCAGAUUUGACAGUGACAAAGACAACAUCCGACAAGCAAUCGUCACACAAGAGUUCCUCGAGUUCUUCUCAUCGCGAUGACAGGAAGAAGAGUCACUCUUCCCACUCCAAAGACAGUCACCGUCGGGAUCACCGGCGACAUCACGACAAGCACAGGUCGUCGAGCCAGAAGAAGAAGCCCAAAGAGGAGAGUUCGUCGAAGAAGAAGGAUGACCACUCGAGUCAGAGGGAGAAGCAAUCAGAGAAGCGCCGAUCGACGGACAGGGAUUCCAAUGAUGGCAACAGUGGACCAAAACCAUCGAGCGCAUCAAGUCAGCCCGCUUCAGGAACUGGAGGAGAGUCGACAAACUCAUCAGUCUCCAACUCGCCGCAGAACUCCGAUACGCAGACAAAGCAAGAAGCCGCCGCUCCGCCGAGUGACCAGCUGGCCAGCUCGGGGGACUCAGGCGAGAAAGUCGUGAUGCAGACCAAACCUAUAAUCGUGGACCAAAUCCUCACGGCCAAUAGUGAGAUCAAUCUCCAGAUGAUUGUCAAUCGGGCGUCGAACGAUCCCACGCUGGCGAAGAUUGAGGAGCUGGCGAAGAAGUCUCUGGCCAAGAAGAAGCCCAAGAUCGCGUCGAACUUCAAGGAGGCAAAGCGACUGAUGAAGAUGCGCAAGAAGAUUGAUCUGGAGAGCAAGAAGAACAUGGAGAAAGCCAUGGUCUUGGCUAAGAACUACAUCAACUCUCAAGCUGAGAACGAUCCAACAGUGACUGAUCUGUCACAAGGCAUUGAACUGGAGUUUGUGUGCAUGAAGUCCAUUGCCGGACCGAUAAUCUCCAGUCCAAUCAAAGUGGAAGCACCGAAAUUGCCUACAGUGAAAGCGGAAGAGGUGACAUCUAACAUUGACGAUGGGAUUGGCGACAGCGAACCAGAGGAGGAGCUUCUCUACUUCCCGGAUCCGCUGUCCAAGCAUCUGCAGAGUGUCUGUGAGAAGUGGUGGUGGGAGAAAGGAGGAAAGAUGCUUGAUGAUAAGAAGCCCAAAACUGAGCCGAAGAUGAAAAAGUCUCCCAAGAACGGAAUCAUUUCUCCACCAAAGAGACCAGCUGAUCUGAACGACAUCAAGAGUGAUCUUCCCGAGGAUAAGCGACUCAGAUUGACUCCGAAUAAGUUUGGCGAUCUUAAUGGGAAUGAGGACGUGCUUGAGGACAAGAAGAGCCCCAAAGUGAAGACGACGAUCACUCAGCAGCAACGCUACUCGAGUGACGAUCUGUACAAGCCGCGGCCCUUGAUCCACGGCCAGAGGACGCGCAGACGAGGAUUGGAUGCCGUCGAUGGCGUCUAGCUUUGCUUUCCACUUAUUUUGUAUGACGAUCGCCAAAUAAAGCGCGCGUCAUUUUAUUUGUACACACAUUGAA